UACGAAAAGAAUUUAAAGAACGUUACAAUAAAGUCAAUUGAGAAAUAUAUCUAAAGAGUUUGAGUCCUAUCUGAAAAAUAAGGGAAUAUCUAUUAAUCUCAAGUUUCGCAAUAUUUGAAUCAACAGUGAAAAUAACAGAUAAAGAUACAAAAAAAUAUAUUUCAACAGUGCGGCUAAGGAAAUUCAGUCGUUCGUUAGUUUCACUAUAUAAAAGGGAUCACAUGACGAAAAUCGAGAAUAUAGAAUGGAGGGAGAUGAUGCCCUUUAGCCAUCAGUAAUAAACCUACCAUUAUUAAAGCAGCGCAAGAAGUAAUUUAACGAUUAGGUGUACUGGUAUGUGGACAGUGUCUUUCAUUUCAUCGAAGAGUUUCAAGAACAUCGCACAAAGGAGGGAGCCUGCUCCAAAAUAUCACGUGUUUGUGACAUCAACGAUAAUAGACGAAAAGUACAAGUAUGAGCAUUUCUAUUAUGGAAGAGUACACAAGUUCAAGACAGGUCAGACAAGGAGGCUUGGACAUUUGUAUUCAUCUUACAGAAAUGGACCAGGAAAACCCCAGACUGAAACCAUCGAUCAAGCUCAAAACCAAGUCUGGCAAAGCAACUACCGAAGAAAAUGCAGACAUAAGUAACGAAAAAUGUAUUGUCGAUAAAAUAUUAGCCAAACGUUUUAAUACUAAAAAGAGAUGCUGGGAAUACUUAAUCGAAUGGAAAGGCAAUCCACAGGAAAAACCAAAACUGAAACCAUCGAUCAAACCCAAAACCAAGUCUGGCAAAGCAACUACCGAAGAAGAUGCAGACCUAAGUAACGAAGGAUAUAUUGUCGAUAAAAUAUUAGCCAAACGUUUUAAUACUAAAAAAAGAUGCUGGGAAUACUUAAUCAAAUGGAAAGGCUAUCCACAUGAAAACAAUACAUGGGAAUCUGCAGAGGCUGUAGCAACAUGCAAAAGUUUAUUGGAUGAAUUUGAGCGGAGUCACGCCAAGCAAAAAGAGUCUAAAGAAGUGCAACAGAAGGAUAAUACAAAAGUCGUCGGAUGUGUGAGUUUGCCGUUGCAAAAAUCAGUGAUAAAAGCUAAGACUAGUCAGCCUGGAUCAAGUACUGCUCAAACAGGACGCUCGAUGCGGUCUAAUAAAUUAAAAGUGAUGAAUAAAAUCAAGCAAUGGUGUAGCUUAAUGAAAGAUGAAGAGAAUGAACUAUUAGGUAAAAGGAGGAUCGAUGAUUCGGAAAAAGGAGGAAGCAGUGCCGCAAAGGAAUUGAUAGGUGACGCGGGCAGUGAUGAUGAAUGGACUGGGAAAUCUGAAGACGAAAGACUAUUGGGCCGUAGCGUGAUUCAACAUGCAUUCAAUCGCGCUAAUUCGCAGUCGAGUGGAUUCAACAAAAUCUCGAUUUCAUCCACUGAUCUGGCAACGUCAUUAGGAUUGCAAUCUGCAGAUGAAGCAAAAUCUAGCCAACCACCUGUUUUAGUAAUUAACGAGGGAGUUGUUAAAAUCGAUUCCAAACAAAUGCCGAAUUUGGCUUCCGAUCUGUUGCGAUACGUUAUGUCGCAAAAAGACAAUAUCAUCAAAUUGAAUUCGUCUCCCAUUGGGAAAUUAGCUGUUAAAGGAUCUUCAACGACGCAAGGUGUUGUAAUGGUUCAAAAUCGAGAUAAUACAAAUGUAAUCACCUACAAAUGCGGAAAGUGUAGUAAAAUGUUUAUUUGUGAAUUGCAUUUGCGCCAGCAUGAGAAAAUUCAUAUGAAAAAAUCUUAUCAAUGCGAGUUUUGUAAAAAAAUAUUGUCUAACAAAGGGUAUCUACACAGACAUAAGAAAGAAGUCCAUUUCAAUGUACUUAACGGUUGUAACGAUUGUAAGAAGGGUUUCAGUAAUGAACAAGAUUUCAAUAAUCAUUUAAUCACAAAGCAUUCUAACAUCGAUGCAAGACCGUAUAAAUGUGAGAUAUGUCCAGCUGCAUUUAAACGUUUAGGCAACCUUAAACGGCAUACUCUGCAAACACAUGCAGAGAAACCAUAUAUUUGCAAGAUUUGCAGCAAAGUGUUUAAUUUUAAAAUUAAUCUAAUCCAACACAAACGUAUACAUAGUGAUAAAAAGCCGUAUAACGAUUGUAACGAUUGUAGGAAGGGUUUCAAUAAUGAACAGGAUUUCAUAAAUCAUUUAAUCACGAAGCAUUCUAACAUCGAUGCAAGACCGUAUAAAUGUGAGAUAUGUCCAGCUGCAUUUAAACGUUUAGGCAACCUUAAACGGCAUACUCUGCAAACACAUGCAGAGAAACCAUAUAUUUGCAAGAUUUGCAGCAAAGUGUUUAAUUUUAAAAUUAACCUAAUCCAACACAAACGUAUACAUAGUGAUAAAAAGCCGUAUAACGAUUGUAACGAUUGUAAGAAGAGUUUCAAUAAUGAACAGAAUUUCAAUAAUCAUUUAAUCACGAAGCAUUCUAAGAUCAAUGCAAGACCGUAUAAAUGUGAGAUAUGUCCAGCUGCAUUUAAACGUUCAAACAAUCUUAAACGGCAUAUACAAACACAUGCAGAGAAACCAUAUGUUUGCGAGAUUUGCAGCAAAGUGUUUAAUUUUAAAAUUAAUCUAAUCCAACACAAACGUAUACAUAGUGAUAAAAAGCCGUAUAACGAUUGUAACGAUUGUAGGAAGGGUUUCAAUAAUGAACAGGAUUUCAUAAAUCAUUUAAUCACGAAGCAUUCUAACAUCGAUGCAAGACCGUAUAAAUGUGAGAUAUGUCCAGCUGCAUUUAAACGUUCAAACAAUCUUAAACGGCAUAUACAAACACAUGCAGAGAAACCAUAUGUUUGCGAGCAAAGUGUUUAA